AGGUUCCCCCCUUUUUCCUUCCUUUCUUUCCUUCUUUCUUUCACUCUCUCUCUUUCUCCUUUCCUCUUCCCCUCCCCCCCCCCUUUUCACUUCUCCUUUUCAUUUUAAUAAUUUUAUUGUCAUGGGAAAUACUCAAUCUAUUGGUCAAGUUGUAGAAGAAGGCAUUCAUGUUUAUAAACAGGUGAAGCAAGCCCAAGAACAACAACAACAACAACAAGGACAAGGACACUAUCAACAACAAGGACAUUAUCAACAACAACAACAACAUCAUUAUACUAGUGAAUCUCAUCAUGUUGGUCCAACAUAUCAUCAACUAAAAGAAGAACACGAUGAUCCUGAAUACACUAGACUAAGAUCCUUGGCUCAUGAAGAAGCGGAAAAACGGAAUGCUUGUUAUCAACGUAGUCAAGAAGCCUACCAUAACCAUGAUGGUGCUUUAGCCAAGGAAGAAUCGAAUCAAGGUCACCGUCAUGAUGAAUUAAUGAAACAAUACAAUAAAAAAGCGGCUGAUCUGGUGUAUUUCCACAAAAAUCAAAACCGUCCACCUAAUGAAAUCGAUUUACAUGGAUUAUUUGUACAAGAAGCUUCUGAACGUGUGGAUGAAGCCUUAAGACGUUGUGAAAGAGAAAACUAUGAUCAUUUGGUGAUUAUUGUUGGCAAAGGUCUUCAUAGUCCAGGUCAAAUUGCCAAAUUGAAACCUGCUAUUAUUGAACUGGUUCAGAAAUACAAGGUCCGCUGUGAACCCAAUCGACCUAAUCCUGGUUGUCUCUAUAUUGAAUUCGGCAAAGGCACUGGUGAUUUGUCUUGGUUGGAUCGUAUCACUGAUAAACUUUCCAAGAACGAUGUUUGUACUAUUAUGUAGUUUGAUAUUACUAGUUAAUUAUUUUUUGUAUAAUGAUAUCUUAAUAAACUAUUUUGAUUUUCUUUAAUC